AUGGAACCAAUGUCGCCGUGGUGCUCUCCGGUCCGGACGCGAACCGUUGGACUGUGUAUUGGAAUUUUCGAUUUUCUGUUUCUAACUGGCACCUUUUUGAAAUCCGUCCAAUUUUUGCAACUCUACGGAUUCAACUUUUUCGCAACAGCAGCAGUCUCCUCUAUUGGAGUUUUGUAUGCUGUGCAUAUUCUUUGUAUUCUUGCUUGCUGGUAUGGUUUGGCACGACAACGAUCCUCAUGGCUAGUCCCCAAAAUCGUUCUCAAAGGAACCACAGUGCUCAUUUGCGUUGCUCUCACACUGAUUCUCGCUUUUUUCGUUUCUUCUAAUUCUCCAAUAAUUGGAAAUUCUAUUGCUCGCGGAUUCAAUGCGGAAUACUAUGACCAUCGAGCAGUAAUCGAUAUGGCAUGUCUUGUAAUCGUUGGGAUAUCAACUGGUCUUUCAAUGGCUCAAGGAUGGCUUCUGGUUCUCUUAAUUAACAUCUACCGCCAAAUAAGAGAAGAUGAAUUAGAGAGGCUUUGCGAGAAAGCGUUGAAGAAACUGGCAAAACGAGACCAGAAGAAGGAUCAGAAGAAGAAAAAGGAUCAACCUCAACCAAAGAAGUCUUCAAUGGCCAAUAGCAAUGGACGAAUCCUGUCUCCGGAUUCAAGGGAGAAUUCUUUGGAUCCUGCAGCCUCGUUCACCACUUUCAUCUGA